AUACAUACCCACAGGAUACAAUAUUCUGUUUGUGUGGGUGUAUCUGAGCAUUAUAAGAUAUUUAUGUUACAGUUUUCAAGCUGAGUUGUGAUUCGUAUUCAAGAGUAUGGUGCACACACCACUGGGUUCAUGAUACAUUGCUUAAGAAUUUUAUUAAUCACUUUCAAAUGAACCAUUUCUCUGUAUUGUAAAGGUAUAUACACAUUGGAAUGUGUACAUCUAAAUGUUGGUGAAUGAUAGUUUAUGAAAUAAGAAACUAGCGCUAUUUAGUUCAAUACUUAGUUUAGUUUUAUAAUAGAAUACUUGAAAGGUUUUGAUAAGCUGGUAAUUUUAGAACUAGAAUACACUUGGAUUGUAAAAGGGUUUAAAGGGUACUUUUGUGUAAGAUUAACCUGUGAAUUUUGGAAUAUUUCGUGCAAGAGGACUUGACAAUAGGAACGUAAAGACAGCAAAAAGACGAUAUUUUUAAAGGGUUGGUGAGAAGGACAGGGACAGUUAUACAACAAGAUGUCUCGAGUGGUUGAAUUGAGAAGAUACAACACCAGUCAGCCAUGGGGCUUCAAGAUGCAGGGAGGCUCCGAUGUAGGCCUGCCUCUGUUUGUCGCCCAUGUGUCUCCCGGAAGUAUUGCCGGCCAAGCUAGACUGAAGGCUGGAGACGGCAUCCUUAGAAUAGGGUGCGUUGACACCAUCGGAUUUACGCAUGAGCAGGCAAGAGCGGAGAUGAUCCGAUCUGGUAACGAGAUUGACCUCACGGUGCAGGAAGGCAUAGUUAAUCCACCUGCUGGAGAAGAGACCACUGAGGAAGAUCGACCCCGGAUGUCCGUGAGCGAUUCUGACUCGCCUUACCAGGAAGUGACAUCAAAAACCUUUCAGAUGAUGGAGAAGGAACUCCCGGAAGCAGGGCAAGCAGGGGCAAGGCCAGCGUCUAUAUUCGACAAGAAGCGACAAAAACGAUCAGCCUACACAAAAGCUGACCAAUCAGGUUAUACCAAACCAUUUGGUGCACAGUAAUAUAGCCAGUGGUUGAAAUAUUCGUGCUCGAAAACUGGACAGCCGGGGAAGUGCCUAGCAAUGGACAUUUGUCAUCCUCGUUUUUUUGGAUGCAACCCAGCACUGUUAGUCAGCUAGGCCACACAAUCCAUAUAUCAUAUUUUUCACAUACAAAAAAUCAUACAUUUCACAAAAUAAUGUGAUCGCUUCCAUAUAUUCAGAGAACAAUAAGUUUCAAGUGUCUGGAUGGAAGUGUUAUUUUCACAAACAUGUGAUCGCAUUCCUUGGAUAUUUGAGAAAUAAUAGUGAAAUAAUUUGAUAUGUGUUGUGUGUGGUCCAACUGAGUGAUUCGUAUGAAAACGCUGACUGUUCUAAUUGGUGUCAUCUGUAUGUUUUCUUGUGUCGCUUGGCAGCUUUCAAAACCUUGUAUCAACUUUGGGAAAAACACUAGAGCCAAGAGCUAAAAAUCCUAAAAUGUAAUGUUUGUUUUAGGUGCUCAUAAAAUUGAACUAUAUAUGACUAUUACAGUCAAACCCCAUUGGCUCAAACUCCCAGGGACCGGCAAAAUUACCACGAGCCUCGGAAAAAUUUGGGCCAAGCGGGAAUUGUUUUAUUCAUUACAAACAAAUCAUUAUAAACAUCAGUUUGAGCCAACGAGAAAAUCGUGCCAAUCGAGUUUGAGUCAACGGGGUUCGACUGUAUUUUACAAUAUUUUUCGAUUUGAUGCUUGUUGGUUCUUCUUCCAGUAGUAUGUAAGUUUUUAUUUUUAAAAAAAUAUUAACACUUGUAAGUAUCCUUAUUAUUGUUAUACUAUAAAAAUUCUUUACACAAGUAUAACUCCAUUUGCACGAGCAUAUUGUGGAACAAUUUAUUUCAACCAGAUUUCAAUCAUUUUCAUUAUAACUGAUUUUACGCUUUGCCAAAGAUAUCUUGCCAUAUUUUAAUUUGUACAUAUUAUUUAACUUCUAUUUUUUCGCAAAUUGUUGACUUAAUCUCAGCAUUUUUUUGUAAAAAAGAAUUGCUUUGGUAAUCCACAUAUCAAAGCUUUAUAAAAAGUGUGUUUAAAGUCAAUGUUGUUAUUGUUCUUUUUCAGAGUUUACUUAAAAUAAAAUUGGUUUUGUACGAGUA